AACCUUGGAUUCUGUCUUGAUGAGGGUUGAUGUAUAUUGCUCACUGACAUAAAGUGCAACCCCCCCCCCCCUUUCUUCCCCGACCUGUCCUUUCUAUACAAUCUAUAGCCCUCAAUAUGUACCGCCCAGUCAUGGGAUGAAUCCCACCAGGUCUCUGUUAGCCCCACUAAGUCAUAGGUGUUUAGUGCAAGCAGGAGCGCUAGUUCAUCCUGCUUGUUCCCCAUGCUCCUAGCAUUAGUAUAUAGGCACUUGAGCCCUGCGACUAGUGCCUUUGCUGCCCCCCCGCUCCGAGUCCCAAGGGGCCCCUUGUUUCUUACCUUCUCGUUUCUUACCUGUGCCGUAGUGCUGGUCUCCCCAUGGCUUUCAGGUUUCCAAUGUUCUCCUUCUUCAGGCUGGGCUGUCCUUGUGGGUGCCACAUGGUUUGGUGGUCCACAGCUUCCCCUGCCCUCAACUUCCCCUCCCCCCAACGAGCCUAGUUUAAAGCCCGCCGAAGGAGAUCCGCCAACCUAGUAGUAAACACACGCUUACCUUUGGGGGAUAGGUGAAGCCCAUCCCAGCUGAGCAUGUCCCUCGUCGUGAUGUGCGGGUCAUUGUCCAGGAAUCCGAAGCCUGCCUCGAGACACCACUGCCGAAGCCGCCAUUUGGUCUCUCUGAUGCAGUUCUCCUGCCGUCUUCCUCGUCCGGUCACUGGUAGGAUGGAAGAGAAAACCACCUGUGCACCGAACUCCUUCAGCACGCCACCCAGAGCACUGUAGUCCGCCAUCAGGUGAUCGGGGAUUCUCCUGGCCGCAUCAUUAGUACCCACAUGGACUAGGACCAUGGGGUAGUAAUCGGUGGGCUUGAUCCUGGCCUGGAUUACCUCCAUCACAUCCCGAAUCUUUGCUCCAGGGAGGCAGCAUACCUCUCGUGCCGAGGGGUCCUGGCGACAGAUGGGCCCUUCCGUACCUCUCAGGAUGGAGUCGCCUAUGACGAGCACUCGUCGCCUCCUCCUCUGGGUCCUCGUGGAUCUCUUGAUCUGUUCGGAGUGUGAAGAAUGUGGUGUUUCUUCUUGCCCAAGGGUUUCCUCCUCCCCUUCCAUCUCCUGCAGGGUCGCCAGGGCCUCGUACCUGUUCACCAGUCGGACUGGAGAAGCUGGUACUGGUUCGCUGCGAGCUGCUCCGGUCCUGGCUGUGACCGUCUGCCACUCUGCUGUGGAGGGCACUCCCCGGUCUGCUUCUUCCUUGGGUGCCUGGUCCUGCAGGGAAAGGAAAUAACUGUCAAUUUCAUCUUCCAACUCCCUGAUCCCCCUCAGCCUGCUAACCUCCUCCUGGAGCUCCCUCACCUGUGCCUCCAGAGCCCUAAGACGGGCACCUGCUGGACAGGUGUGGGGGCCCCCAAUCUCUGCCCCCCCCGGCCCUGCUGGGGAUCCCCCACAGGCCAGGAGGUAGGGGGACAUCAGCUCCCCCAUGGGCUCGGUCUGGGUGGAAGCCUCAGACCUGCCCCGGGUAGCCUUGUCCCCCUGGGCAGAGGCCCUAGCAGCACUCCUCAAUCAAUCAAUGCAAGAGACAGCUAAAUUGGUCCAUAGCCUGUUCCUUGGGAAUCCCUCAAGUUCCCAGAAGCUAUAGCAGAUCAGUCCCCAUUCUGGCAAUGGAGCUGGGGCCCACUAGUACCCAUUGCUCCCCUCCUUCCCUCAUCUCUAUAAUUUGUGUUCAUGGCUUUUUCUGCGACAGAGACUCAAAGCACUUUGUCUCCUUGUAGGGGUCAUCACUCAACCAGAGACCAAAAUGCCUUGUGAAGAAUAGAUUUCUUUUGCCACCUGCCUCAUAUCUGGUCCCUAAGUUCAAAGGCUCUGCAAAGAAAACAGAAGUAGGAUUCUGGGCCUGGGUCCACUGCUAGUGAAUGGGAGAUUUAAUAACUAGCACGUUUCGCUGCUAUUUCCUGGUCCUGCUCACCUGAACUGGUCAGGCUCCCAAGGGUUAAUACCCCUGCAUGACAUGGGCCAGUGCCCCCUAAGGCCUUGUCUACAUUCACCUGGUCAGCAAGCACUUUUGCUAAACCCACCCACUUUUCUGCCAGCAGUUACAUCACCUCUGCCAAGUGAAAUACAUCUACUGAUGCCCCAGAAGCUAGGAAAAGGUGUGAGUAGACAUUUGCAAGGAUCCUGUCAGCAACUGGUGCCUUUCUGGGCUGUACUUCAUGCUCUGGCAGCACAGCUGCUACAGUGGUGCUGUGAGGAGCUGCCAGGAGCACAUAGAUGCUUCUGUGCUCUGGCAAGUAGGCUGUUCAAUUGCUGUCUUGUUGCCACAGGCAAGUACAUGUAGAUGAGGCCAAAUUCUGGUGGCCACCGUUCCAGGCAUACCUGCCUCACUUGAACCUGAGCAGAUGUGUCUGAUGUGGGCUUUUCUCUUUCCUUGUCUUAAGAGUAGAAAAAAUAAGGGCAUGUACUUACUAUAAAACACACUUGUUUUACUUGAGAUUCUGCAUGAAAUAAUGCUUGAAAUGAAAUCUUAUUUCUUUUCUACCCAACAGGCAGUUUAACUUCACUGUCCUUUAUAUGAGGAAUUUAAAGUGGGCGCUAAACUUGUAGGACUCCUUUCAACGGUGACUCUCUCCUUGUUUCAGAGCUGACCAAUAAUCCAUCUGCAUCCAAUGCUCCCUUUUAGCGCUGUUUUUUGAACCUGAAUCCUAGGCUGUGCACAGACCAGAACCCAGCCUUUCUGUCUGGCCGCUGCCCACUCCCCCUUUGCUGACAAUCGAACCCUGCUACAGAAUACAGGCUUUUCAAGGUGCAUUUGUUUCUAUGGGGCCAUGGACAGUGUUCCUGAUUAGGCACAGUCUGACAUGCCAGAGAAACGUCACAGCUCAAGCACCUGGGACAAAUCUGGCAGGGGGGAUGGAUCUGACAGCACACAUUUGCAGCUAUAUUUUGCAGGCGCUCUCCCUGUCCACAGCUAGUGCAGAGCAGACUAGAAUAACUUCCCCAGCUUAGUUCCCUUUAGCAACAUGAGGUGAGUGGUGGAGAGCUUUGAGGAGGGUUUUCUUUUCUUUCUUCCUUUUUUUCUUUUUUUACCUUUUUUUCUAUCUAGGAGGGGGGAGACAUGAUCAUUAUUUUUGCAGGGGGGGGAAGUACUCAAAGUUAGAGAGUUUCCCAUGGAGUUGUGAGAGAGCAAAAGAGCUCGGUGUCUUGGAGCAGAAGCACUUCCUUGCUAAAUCACUUCUAGUUACUUUGUGUAAAAUGCCCCACACUCGUCCCAGGAAUCCGAGUCCUAUUCCAGAGGUGACCUGGGACUCUGGGUUCAAGGAGAUGAAUGAGACCUGGAAGGGAGCUAUCGCCUGCCUUGGAGUGGCUGUCUUCUUUGUGAUGACCAUUGGGAUUAUUUAUUGGCAAGUGGUGGACCAGCCGAACAAGAACUGGAUCGUGAGAGGGAGCACCAGCGGUCUCAUCUGGGAGCGACGGUCCCACUCCCUUAUCCUGCAGACCCUGAGUGAGGAGAAAACUGUGGUGGAAAUUGAUGUGGGCAACUUUCCUGACAUGGAGCUGCCUUUUGUGAAGAACUUAUGCUGGCUUAACAAAACAGAGUUCUGCUACACCUGGGAUGACACAGCAGACCUGAAGAUUUCCUUUGAACCUGGUCUCUCUGUUGGCACGGAGUGCUACAGCAUCUACUGGACACCUCUGCACUGCGAACUUACACUAAAGGAUUGCUUCUCAAUGACCAAUAUCUCCUGGUAUGGAGGAGCAAGUGUAAGUGCCCAGCGCUGGCCCCUGAACAACAUGAAUGCAAAAUCCCAGCCAUAUAUUAUCAGCAACCUCAACAAAAAUCCCAUUGGCUAUGGUCCUGUCCUGGAAAGAUACUUUUUGGGAUCAACAGGGGUAACAGUGACCAUUGCACCUGAUGUCCCUGUCUUCCUCUCAGUGGAGAGUAACAAACACUUCUGCCUGGAGAGCCCUUCCAGCAUAGACAUGAUUCCCUUGCAGUAUAUGGUGUGCAUCAGUCAAAACAUCACGUCUGCCCACCAGGAGGUGGGAAGCCAGCUCUCAGAGCAGGAGAGGAGGCUGCCAAACACAGACAUACUAGGGUUACCAAUCUGGAAGUAUUAUGGAGCAGCAGAUUCUGCUGCCAAACUGGAGCGAGGUUUAAGGUCUUUCUUCAACAGACUGAAAAGGCACCAUCUUGGGGAGGGGCUAAUUGCCAUCAAUGAACAUUCCACAAUGAUACUUUCCAAUGCGGACCACACACACUUGCCUGGGACCAGCAGGAAGAUGCAUAGUCCAAGACACUCCAGAGACCUCUCACUAAUUAAACCUCUGAAACUUUCCAUAACUCUGUCCCCUUACAUAAGCAUCAGCUCACAGCUGUUCCUGAUGUCUCUGCAAGAGGGGAAAGAAAACUACUGGUUGAGUCUCCACUCAGAAUUUGACAGCUGUUCGGCACCUCUGCUAACUACAUGGAAAGGGCAGUUUUCUGUCCGGCUGAAUGUCACCAGCAAUGCUGCAGUGAGCUGGUAUCUGGAGAGGGUGAGCCUUUUGCUGCAGAAACUGGGAGCAACAUAUGUGACCUUUGAAGGUGGGGAAGGGAACAUGUUUCUGGAGCAGGCAAUCCAUCCUCCCAGAGGACUAGAAGGAGAUAAAUACGUCUGCAUUUUAGCACUGAUGGCGUCUACACUGGGGAACUCAACAAUUAUUAGUGCUGGCACAAGAUCUAAUCACCUGCCACUCUUCGUUCAAAUGUCCUCACUUCAAUCGGACUGGAGUUAUGCUGGUCUGAAGAGCAUUAUUCCUUCUGUGCUUCACUACAGUCUCCUUGGCUACAACUUCUUCAUUCCAGAUGCAGUUGGAGGGACCCUUACCAAUGAGUUCCUGACAGAUGAAGAGCUCUAUAUUCGGUGGUUGCAGAUUGUGACCUUCCUUCCUGUAAUGUCCUUUAGCACUCCGCCAUGGGUCUGCUGUGAUGACUGGGUGCUGAAUCUCACUAGACAGUACAUACAGAGGCAUCAAGAGUUUGUUGUCCCACUCAUUUUAAAAUACAGCGAGGAGUGGCUAUCCAUGGGGUAUCCCAUCUUCCGGCCAGUGUGGUGGCUCAGCCCUAAUGACCCUAUCACCUUUACAGUAGAUGAUGAAUUUCUCAUUGGAGAUGAGGUACUGAUUGCCCCCAUAACUGAACAAGGGCAAGUCCAGAGGGACAUCUACCUGCCUGGGGAAGACCACCUGUGGAUGGACACCAACACUGCACAGGUGUUUGAUGGAGGAACUGUCAUCAGGAACUAUUCUGUUAAGAUUGCGGAAGUGCCUGUUUUUGUAAAGGUUUCUUCAAUGCCAGACUGUCCAAGGUUUCCAUCCUCCACAGGAGAAUGAUGCUGACAAGACUUGCUCUUUCUUUCUCAACAGACUGUUUCAUCCAUUUGUACUUUUCCAAGAACUCUUGUUUGGUUUUGAUUUGCUUUUGGGUUUUUUCAGUUGUGUUUAAAUCUUUUGUUGUCAUUUGCUACCAUUCUGAGAUAGCAAAAUAUGACAAGAUCUUUGGUGCAAAAUAUAGAUGCUUGUGCAUAUACAGCACAUCCAGUGAGAUCCUUCAGCUUCAGCUGACCUGAUCCUGUGUGCUAACUAUGAGGAAAGUCUUUGAUUAAAUAGCAGUGAAAGAGAGAGCCUCAGAGCCAUAAGGUAAUGGGAACAGCAGACCACUUUGAUGUCUAUUGGAAAAUCCUCUUACUUGGGGGGGAAAAAAAUCAGCGAAGCACAGAGCUAGGUAUGACAGAGAGCAUGACUGGCUUCUUUGGAAAGAAAUAGUCUGGGCUGCCUGCUUCUAGCUUCCUGAAGAAAAAAUAGGAUUGUAUCUUCACCUACCUCUGUAUAUCACAGUGUUUCAGUUGGGGAAAAUGGCAGCAUCCAUCUUCGGACCUUAUGUUGGCGUCUCAGUUUUUGACAAGGGAAAUGUCAGAGUUUCGUUAGACAAAGCAUUCAACAAGAUGAGAGCAGGAGAAAGUUGAUCUGUAGCAUGAGUGUAGGUUGCAAAUGUAAGGAGCCUUCUUCAUUUCAGAUGGAUAAUUAUUUUAGAAACUAACUUGUCUGCUGCCUUUUACUGCCACAUUCCCACCUCAGAGAACCUACCUGUGCUUUUGGGAACAGCCCAAAACUGAAAAAGGACCUUGCUCAUUUCCAAAAAUGAGUUAUCUGACUUUUAGAAGUAGUGAACACCCUGCAGCAUUUGGAACCUGCAGAGCCAAGGAUUUUUCAGGGUGGCAGCCCAAAGGGACAUUCAGAUGGCUCUAAGCCAAGAUAAUUUUCAGAGCUGUUUGUAGCUGUGCUAAGGAUAAGUUCUCAGUAGCUGAUAAAUACUGCAGAGAUAGAACAUGCAUUUACAAGUAGUGUUAGCAUAGUCAGAAGGCAGAAAUAGCUUGUCAGGGACUUAAGAUAGCCUUACCAGGGGGCACAACUAUAUAGGAAAGAGAAACGGUCAGAUCUUUAAUGCUAGGAGUGUAAGGAGCACAACAUCUUGGUUUUUUAUGUCUUCCAUUCUUAAUCCCCAGCUUCACUUAGGGCAAAUGUCUUUUCACCUGUGAUAAAUGGGCUGGAUCCCCACUCAGCAUAAAUUGGCACUGCCCUACUGGAGUCAGAGAAGAUGGGUUGAUUCAUACCACAGCCCAUUGCCUUCCUCUGCUUGUGCAACCCUUAUGGCAGACAACACUUGGUGUUUUCCUGACUUUUAUCAAGAGUACUGAGGCUGUCUUGGAACAUGAAAGGAUCACACAUGCAGCAGACAUGCUGAGAAAGGGACAAAUAGCCAGGUAUGCCACACACAGGGCACAAAGGGUUUCCCUGGUACAGCAUAGCAUGAACACCAGUUGUAGGAGAGAUGUGGCUGAGAAAAUGACUAGGAGUGAUACCAGUCAAUGCAGCUCUCGCAGUGUUGAAUGGCUACUGCCUUGACCUAGUAUCUAAUAAAAGUCUCCUCCAGCUAUUCACUGGCCUUGGUGCCUGACAUGAAAUGAACAGAACUGAUACUACAGGUUCAGCUCAGGUGUUCAUUUCAUGCUUCCUAUACUGAACAUGAUCUUGCUGCAGCUCCCACUAGCCCCCUUGGCCUUCUCAGUGUUUCUCUCCCUGCACCCUAAUUUCUGAGUUUAACAAACACAGGUCUCCUUGACUAAAGCAACCAACUAGUCCCAAAUUCAGAGGGUCUGAACUGGUGCCCCACAAGGAAAAGCUGGUUCUGGGGGAUCCGACUUCCACUUAAAUAUGCUUGUAGUGGUGUGCACUGCGUCCAGCUGCAUCUUCUGAGAGGAGAUAAGAUGCUUCCAAGUGCUAUGGGAUCACAGCUAGUCCUCGUCCAGUUAUGGAGGGAGCUGUCAGGAACACUCAGUCAUUGAGCUGCAUGAACACAGCUCAGAUAAUUAGCUCUACUGAUAGGAAGGACUAAUUGCUCCAUGGCUAAGCUGCUUCUGGUUUAUGAGGCAGCCCAUGACCAUGCCUAUUCAGCAGGAAUGUGUAUCACUGGGACCCCCAGUACUGAACCCAAGGUGUAAUUAACUGUUCCUUUUAGGUGAGCUAAUUAGCUCCUGCUUUCCCGGCCCAAGUGCUGCCCCAAGGAACCAAUGCUAACCCAAAAGAAGUGGUGUCGAGUAGACUGCUUCUAGUUUUGGGGGCCUGAGAAGAGUCCUGUGUUCCAGGCUUUCCUGAAAACUAUCACUGUUUCUGGCCCCUCUGUAGGUUCUGCGCGAUACUCUCCUUUAUGUUCUGUGCCAUCUUGAAAAGCCUCCAUGGAUCUGUCUGCCUGAUCAGCUCUCCCUGUCAUCUCAGUCUCCAGCUGCAAAGCUACCUUUCUUCUCUUCCCCUGUUACAUAUUUCCUCCCUCACACAGCUAUUCUUUCUUUUUAGUGGUACAGUUGCAUUAUUUACACUACCGUAGAAAAGCGCUUCAAGGUACAGUUUAUAGGAAAUAAGCAUUGCUACUACAGACACCGAAUGUUACUAGCUUUAUUGGGCACCCUUACCCAUGUAACGUGCUCACUGGGACUCUUUGUUUCCCCUACUGGUGUAUGAGCCCACUGCAGCUUUAGCUGUAAGAGCUGCAUCUUUUAACACAGGUAGUCUGUGUUUGCAUCAUAGAGAAUCAUAGAGAGGUAGGGCUGAAAGGAGCUUCCAUAGUCAUCCAGUCAAGGGGUUUUCAAAGUGGUUAACAAGCGUAUGGAAGCAGAGCAGCAGCAGCACAGGGUGGUGGGUGGUGGUGACAGUGCAAGCUUCCCUACCCCACCCCUGCGUCUGGCAGGCCAGGCGGCACCUGUGCAGCUCACAGAGGGGAGCUCCUGCCCUUGCCUGCCCUCCUUGCUCCUGGGAGGCAUCAGUGUGGGCUGGUGGGCGGCAGCACUCUGUCCUCACCCGCCUGCGCAUACCACCUAGGCCUAGGGCCUUCCCAAGUACCCCCAGGGGUAUGCAUACCCUCGGUUGACAACCCCUGAUCUAGUCCAACCCCCCUGCCUGAGGAAAGAUCAUCCCUGUCCAGACCACCCUGUACAAAUACAUUGUCUAACCUCUGAGCAACACUAGACAACCCUGACCCAACACAAGACAUAACACCCUAAUCUGCUACAAGUAAAGCAGGGGGACCACAGCCUCUACCAUCCUGCUGCAACAGUUGUUAAAAUAUGCUCAAGAGACCCAGGAAGAGAGCCACGACUCCCCCUUCCCCUGCUCUCCCACUACAGAGGAAGGCAAAACCCACAUAGUCGAUACCAAUCUGACCACAGGGUAAAAUUCCUUCCCAACUCCAUAUCCGGCAGUUGGUCUGACCUUGAGUGGAGGGGCAAGACCUUCUAGCCAGGAACCUCUGGGUUUAAGUCUCAGCAGGAGCACUGGCACACACCAAUCAAAAUCCCCAGCCUUGGCUGCAGCCAACAUCCAACACCUCUGAUGAAGGGUUUAAAAAAAAAUCCUGACACAUGUAGCAGCAGAAGGGGGGAAAAUUCCCUCUCAGACCCAUGCAGCAACCAGCAAAACCAAGAAGCUUGAGAAAAAGGCAUAGUAGAACAGAGGCAUAGCUAUGCCUAGAUCUUCCCUGACCGGUGGUUAUCCAACCUCUUGAACACCUCCAGUGAUGGAGAGUCCUCAACUUCCCUAGGCAGUCUAUUCCACUGCCUCACUGUUCUACUGAUGAAGAAGUUUUUUGUCUGAUAUCCAAUCUAAACGUACAUUACUGCAACUUCAAGCCACUAUGAGACAAUCUAAAAGUCCCAGAGUCAGUGUCCACUGUAAACAACCCACCCAGUAGCACGGCAUUACAUCAGCAGGCCAGGCCUUCAGUAACCACAGAACUGCCCACUCAGCCUGAGCAGCAGUCUGGGACACCCUGGAGUGUCAGCAUAAGGGAAGCUUGCAUUGCUGCUCUGCAUGCAUUGGAGAAGGAAAGUGCAGCUACACAGCACACGUACUGGGCCAGGCAACGGUUCCUCAAAGUUGCCACAUGUUUCACAUGAACUGUUCCUAAUCAAGAAACAGCAGAGCUGCAUUCAUGAAGCACUUUGCGGGUGGACUAAUGCCAGUGCUGAGUGACUGUGCCAUGGUGUGUUUGGGGAGGUAUCACUGCCUCGCCCAGUAAGCGUGCUGUCCAGACACAGCGAAAGAUCCCACAGCUCUUAACCCAGUGCUCUUUGCCGUUUGUUUAUUUCCUUUCUUCGUCACAAAUUAAACUUUUCAGGUUUCAACCUUUCCUCAGGAUGGGAAGAAGUGACUCACUAGGCAAAACAGGCUUUCUGCAUGCAGAAUGAGAUUUUAAAAAGUAUUUAAUUGUGAACUUAUCAGUUUGUAUUAUGGCUGCAUAGGGGUCUAGUAGAGUGAAUGCUGGGGAAGUGUGGCUGACACUGCAUGGAAAACUUUCUUUAAAAAAACCACCUACUUAGGAGCAGAUCCACUGCUGAGACAGAGAUUUUCCUUGGUGUGGUUUUCUUUGUUGUUUUUUUUUUUCAAUUUAUGUGAGUGGCAUUUGUAUGAAAAUGGAAACUGUGGCUAGAAUUCAUCUGGUUUUUGUUGCUUCUCUUUCACCUGCAGAAACCAAACCAGACUCCCAGCUGGUGCCAAUUAGUGCAGUCAAAGGAACUGUGCUGAUUUCACCAGCUGUAGAUCAGGCCCAUAAAUUUUACUUUCUGAUACCACAUGUAAUACUCUGGCAGAGAGCUGUAUGGUUAUUUAUUAGCAGAGAAGGAUGACUUAAAGUGGUGGGGGGAAUGCAUCAGUGGUCAUUCAAGGCAAAAUGUUGGCUACAGAUAGCUGGGUUUGUUGUGAUAUUAUCUGAUCUCACUGCCUCCCCAUUUCUUUCUAAAAUGCUGUAGGACCUUCAGAAAUUAAAUGGAACCACAGAACUCCAGAUUUCCAUCACCAGGAGGAAAACAUUUCAAAAGCCAGGAAAGCCAUUUUGCAUCACAUGCAUCUGGCACCAGUAAACUCUACACUCGUAGCACCCUCCCCACUGUUGUCCAAAGCCCAUCAUGGAGAAAAUCCUUAAAUCAGUUGGGCUUUCAAAUCCUGUGGAGGGGUGGAAAGGCCAGUAUUUUGCUAUUCUCAGGAAAGCUGCAUGCAGUGGGUAAGCAAGGGGGAGUGGUAGUUUGCUUCUGCUUAUAGGAGAAAGACAGCUCCCUUUAACUGCUCUGGUUCAGAUAAACUGUGUUCACUCAUAGCUCCCUCUCCUCCUUGGCUAGUGCUGCAAUAACUUCUCUAUCUUCUGUAUGAACCUAUUUCCUAUGACCUUGGCCACUUGUGUAGCUUUCUUAGAGCAGAAAUGGAAGGAAAGAUCUCAGCUGUUACCACAGUAUCAACCCCAUUUCAAUACAGAAAUUCCUUCUUCCGCUCUCAGUUUCUCAAACUUCACCUCCCAGUGAUGAUAACCCAAGUGCAAUGUAAAAGCUACAGGAAGUAGCUUGUGUAGCAGUGUACAGUAUCACAAGAAGAGCAUUGAGCAUUUUAGAUGUUUUUAAUCCGAGUUAGCAACUCUAAGCAGGGAACAAAGUCAACUCAGUGACUUUUCCAUUUUCAGAGGUCACCUGUAAGUGCUUUGGAGACUGCAGCUUGGUCACAUUAGGGUGGAGUCCUAUUCUUCCUCAGAGCUUUGUCCCAAGCGAUGCAGAAUUCUGCAAACAUUGAACAAAUUCAUUUGCUAUUCAAUGUUCCUUUGCUUCUUGCAAAGGAACAUUUCACAGGAGAUCAUUAAUGGUCCCUGAAUAGUGUUAUGGCUUAAUGUAAGAAAAGACUGACUUUGUUCUGUGUUGCAUCAUGUAGGAAAUGUUAGGGUUGGAAAGAAUCUGAAAGUCAGGCAGACAUGAUAGUGCACUAUCUUCAAUAGUGGACCAGCCUGGCAAUUAACCACCCAUUUGCAGAUUGGGAUAACAACAUUUUCUGGACAUAAAUCAGUGCAGAAUGUAUGAGCUGUUCUCUUAAAGAGCAAUCAUGAUAAUACUACAAGAUUAUGUGUAUUAUAAUGUGGCCACUUUCUGUUGCAGUAUGAGCAGCUGUCAUUUCACUAAAAGAGCUUGGUAGGGUCUUUAUGAAUAGUGCGAAGUUUCAGAGCUUGGUAAGGCAGGCCCAGAUUCAGUGAAAUUUCUAUUUAGGUAAGAACAUUGAUCAUCAGAUCUGCCUGUUAUAAGGGUUCAGCUGGGUAGGGAGUACAGGUUACAGUGGCGUCAGGUCAGGGUCUGGAUCAGUAGGGUGAAGAAUGUGGGACCAAGUCCCUAAAGAGCCAAGAGGGAGAUCCUAGAAAUGUAGUUUGGGAGGCAAGCCAAGAUCAGAAGCCAGGAGAAUCAGAGAGCUGGGUGCCAAAUUCUAGGGAAGACCCAUGAGCAGAGUCAGGGAAAGCCAAGUCUGGAGUUGUUGUUAAGGCCUGCCUGCAGCCUGAGGCUACAGGUAUACUUAAAAGAGCUGAAUGGUGCUCUCAGCAGACAAUCCAGUUAUGGCGGGGGGGCAGUUGCAUUAGCCUGGGAUCAAGGUCAGGUGUGGAAGCUCAAGAGCUUGGCCUGACCGGCCGGGCUUACCUGACCAGAGGCUCCGAUACCUGUCUUUGUCUCUUGUUAGUAUCAUUUAAACUUUUCUUAUUGGCUAAAAAAUGAUUGUCCAGGAAACAGUCAGCUGAGGAUCAGGUUACAUUAAACCAUUGGAACUGAAAUCGGUUUUGACAAACUGGAUCUGGAUUUGAAUGAGACUCAGAUAUUUCUAGGUUCAGUCAGCCACAGAGGAGAUGUAAGUGUGUGUAUUGCUUUGGAAAUACAAUAUGUGAUUAAGCACCAUCAAAUCCCAGGCCAAGAAAAUGCAACCCUCCAGAUUUUCCUAAAAGCCAAACUCAUUAAAGUAUCUUGGAAGCAAAAAAGGUUGACAGUAGAAAUGGUGCGUUGGACAGUCUUGGUCUUGAGAAAAAUUGCUAGUUUCAUGUCUUUUCUACCCCUCCUCCUUGCAGGUUUAGCAGCAGUCUGAGUUUUGAGAAUGGGGCCACAGCAAAUGGUAGAGUGAUUAUCCUCCAAGACUGGCAGCUUGUGAAUGCAUUUUCUCAUCAAAGAAGGCCAGGACCUGGCAGUGCACCACCUCUUCCCCUCAUGUGCCCAGUACUGUAGACUAUUUCAGCUGGAUUUUUAGCCUCUCCAAGAAGCAGUGGCUCCUGCUUUAAUGUAUAAUUCCACCUUGCAAAUCUGGAGCUUUCAACAUCGUUUUAGCUGUUUCACUUGAUAUCCCCAAGGGACCAUCUGAGUAACUUGCCUUUUGCUUUGCUGAAUCUGCUGAUCUCAGUAUUCAAGAGCAAAGGGCUGGAAAUGAUUCUUCCAAGGGCAAGGAAGCUGGACAGUGGUUGUGUACACAGAUUCAAGUAAUCUGGGAGAAUUCUCCCAGGUCUGUUCUCUUGGUAGAGAAAUUUACCCAGAUCAGUGUGUACAUUCAAUGCUGAGGCUCUGAAAAGUGAAGAGCUUGCAGUGCCUUAUUACUCCAGGAGGUGCUUGGGGGAACAGGGUCUCUCCCAUUCCCUGCUGAUCCCCCCUGGUAAGUUUAUAGAUGGCCACCAGAUCCCCUCUCAGCCUUCUCUUGUGAAGGCUGAACAGGUUGUGUUAUAAGUUGCCUGAGUGUUAAAGUUGAUAAAAUGGCUUUUUGCUAUACGAUAAGUAUUUGCUCUAUCUGCUAGUAUAGAUUACUAGCCAAUUGCCUGUCAAGAAUGAUGGGUAAGGGGUGCGGGCGGAGACACAGGCCUGCGUCUGGCUUCCCCCACCCAGUUUCAUGGCUAGGCCUGCUCCCCUUUACCCCCACUCCGCCACAGGGCUGGGCCUGGCCCCCCAACCCUCCCUGCCACCAUUGCAGGGCCAGGCCCGCCCCUCCCCCCAACCUCCCCACUGACAUUUCUGGGCCAGGCUGGGCCCGGUGCACCCAGCCCCCGAUACACUGCAUUUUGGGGCCAGGCCAGACCCGGCAUGCCCCGUCCACCCACCCCACCACCACUGUGGGGCUGGCGCCGGGCUCACCCCCCCACAUUCACUGCCACUGUUUCAGAGCCAGGCUGGGCCGUGCUGGGCAGCUCCUCCCCAGCUCCAUUUUGGGGCUGGGCCGGGCCCGGUGCGCCCCACCACCCUCCCUGUCACCAUUUUGGGGCCAAGCCUGCUCCCUUCCCCUGCAUCACUAUCUGCUCCCUCCCCCCCCCACUAUCACUAGUUAAGAAAAACAAAAAACACUCAACUUAUUUCCCUCGUAAAUUUGUUAAAUUUUGAUUUUCAGUCACAGGAUGUUGUUAUGCCAUCGUCUACAUCAAAUAUCAUUGAAGGCAGGAUACUACACCUGAUGAACUAACAACUUACCCCAAUAAAGCAAAUCCUGUGCAUGAUCCCACACCAUCAAGCUACAUUUGGUUUAUACUAGAUGUUAUACUACUAUCAUUUGCUAAAAACAUACUGCUAAUACAUUUAGUAGCUUGUGGCACCAUAGGAUAUGAAAGAGCUACUUGCAGUAAUCAGAAUGUUAAUGAAGUAUUUACUAAUGUAAACUUAAUUCAGACAGUUAGCCCCAUUUGGUUUGAAUGUCUCUCUUGUGCUCUUUAAUGUGGUAUGCUUGUCAUUUUCCAUAAUCAGCAACAGCACAGAAGAGGUUCCAACAUUUACUGUUGUAGAUGCAUUUUCAGGAAAUAGUGCUCCUAGAGCUAAUUGCUUGACCUAGCUUACUAAUACCACUUGGAAAAGGGAAACUAUGUCACUGGGCUCUUAAAAUAAUGAGAUUCCAUUUCUUUUUAAAAGGUCCACUGAGGUGGUCUCUUCCCACUGGUUGCCUGUUUUGCCAAAUUCCCUCUCUCAUGGUUACAGCACCGUACCUAGACUCCUGGCAGCCCUGAGCUAACUUUUAGUAUGGGGCCCCACCUUCACCAGAGAUGAUAAUAAUAAUAAUAAUAAUAAUAAUAAUAAUAAUAAUAAUAAUAAUAAUAAUAAUAACCAUUUCUGGGCCCCCUUUCUGUCCAGGUCCUGGGCGGCUGCCCAGUUCUCCCAUGCCUGUGCCCAGCAGAUGGUUAGACAUGCUGUCUGUAUGUCACCUCCACAGAGAUUCAAGAUUAAACCCUAAUGGGCCAGGCUGUCUUUGUGAAAUGCUGACCCCACUGACGUUUAGCCACUGACUUUAGUGGGGCCAAGAUUUCCCUCCACAUGAGACCCCUGCAGUAAGGCCCCUUCUCCCACAAAGCCCCGAGCUUCAAUGAAGCUUCAGUGUAGCAAACUGGAUAUUCUUGAGCAAACUCAAAUUUACUGUGCAUGUGUACAAGGCCCAGCACAAAGAAGCCCCAACCUGGUUGAGGUUUCUAAGUGCUAAUAUAAUUCAUGAAAACAUUUAAGCAGACUUUCUACUUUUGCAUUUCUGUCACAAGUCUCAUAAUAACUGUGUUUUUUAAGGCUUCAGCUCCUGGAGUCCUGUGUAUGCGCGAGAACCUCAGUUUUCAUGAAAAAUAAAAAUAAGUUUCUAGA